AUGAGCGAGAACGAUAAUUCGCAAAUUGAUAUUCAAUUGCGUGUAUCUCUUAACGAUAGCAGCGAGAAUGAAGGAGUUAGUAUAUUUGAAAUGGAGACGCAAAAAUAUGAGGAAGGCCGCAAAACAGUGGCGUCGAGCUCCAUCCAUGAUAUGGAGACACAAAAUAUUCCCACGGACGUGUCCAAAGAUCUUGAAGCAAAUGCUACAGUUAAAAAGCAAUUGUCAACAAUCAAUCUCCGUAAUAAAAUGACUGGAAGUUCCGCAACAAAUAUUCAUGAUAUAGAAACGCAAGAUAACAUAGAUGGUAACGAAGAACAGCCUGUUACAAAAAACAAGAUCGAUAUGCUGAAUGCAACGGCGAAAAAAUGCAUGAAGAAUAUUCAAGAUCUAGAAACGCAGUAUUAUCCCGUUGACUCCACUAAAAAUAUUCGAGAUACAACCGCAAAGAAAUCCGUGAUGAAUAUUUACGAUAUAGAAACGCAGAAUUACAUCGUCGACAACGCUAAAAAUAACACCGGGAUUCGCGAAUUGGGAAACGAUAAGAACAAAGUUCGUGUGGACCAGGUUAAGCACGAUAUUCACGAUUUGGAGACGCAGAAUCUCGACAAUGAGCGCACCGUCGAAGAUAUAUGCGACAUGGAGACCCAACUUGCAUUGGACAGGAGUGAGUCUAGCAAUAGUCGCGCUGAUAAAAAUAACGAAGACAAGAAUAAGGAUAUGCCGGAUGUUGCUAAGAGCGGAACGAGUCGCGAGAACUACACAAAAUUACCGUCGUCUAGAUCCAGCAGUCCGGGAUUGUUGAAUCUAUCUUCACCAGAAAUCGACGAGAACUGCCCAUCAUCACCGUUAAACGAAAGCGCUCAUUUGCUCGAAUCGUCGGAUUUAUUAGAGUACUUCGCCGAUGGGAUCGAUAAACUGAAAGAGUGCAACGCGUCCACGCCAAAGCCGCGCCUGAAAACGUCGUCGCAAAAAGAUAAUGCAGGAAACACGGCAAGCGCGUCGGACAAUGAAAACGACGAUCAGGAGGAUAACAUCCAUGAUCUUCCCACUCAAUGUAUCAGCAGCAAGUCGAGAGUCUCUCCGUCGAACGAUUCCAAAAGCGAUGAGAAAAAGGCGGCUGUAAAGCGCAUGUCUCCAAAGAAGACAUGUAGGAAGCCUCGACCGACGCAAAUCGAUGACGACUCGGAAACUGAUGCUGAGGAAUAUCUGGAGGAACUCGCGAGAAAACAAGGCAAAUCUUUAGAAGCUCCGAGUAAGUCACGCGAUACAAACGUGGGAAAUAGUAAUGAUCCAGAGACGAGCGGAGAUUCUGACGAUAUGUUCGAUAUGCUCACGCAACAAUCGAAGGACCAUUCUGCUAAGAAUACAUCGAGCUCGUCGAUCAAUCAACAACCGAAAACCAAUCAAACCUAUGCAGUUGUCGACGAUAUGCAGUUGGCGUUAACGCAGAAAAUGGACUACGCAAAAAAGGACAAACGCGACGAUCGAUCAGGUGUAUCUUCUGCAGAUAUCAAUGACACGAUGCCAACUCAGCCUCUCUUGCCACGUAAAGUUCCUCCGAAGACCGCGAUUAAUUCCAAGAACUCUUCGCUGAAAAACAAUCAAAAUAACGUGGACGAUAUCGCACCUACGCAAGUUAUGCAUGCAAACGUAAAUGUAUCGGAAUCAGAUAAUUGUCAUACGUCACCAAAAGUCGAUAGCGAAAAUAUAGAUUACGAGACAGCACCCACUCAAGUAAUCGGCGAAGUUGUCGAAGGGGAAAAUUCGACGAGGACUUCUGAUCGCACGAAAUCUUCGAAGGUGGACUUAAAUGACACUUUGGAGCGAAAUCUGAAUGAGAUGUUCGAUGACGUGAACAGUGAGAGCGUUCACGAGCAUGCGCUGAUGUCCACUCAAUGCUUGGAAGAUAUUCUACAGGCCUCGCAAUGUGAUAACGAGAUCUUCCCUAAAUCCACUGUAGAAACUGUAAAAGCGUCCACAGAUGAUGCGUUACGGGCGAAGUCGGGAAAGAAAAGCGAUCGGCUUUCGCGUAACGCGAUGGACAGCGAAGUAAAUAAAAAUAAUGCGAACGAGACAGAUUCACAAAAGUCAGAUAUUUAUUUUGCUACUAUCACCACAAGGCGCAAGAGAAAUGUUAUAAAAGAUACGCAGGAUAUUAUAGAUUUUACGGAGGCCAUGACAUCUUCCCGUCAAGCUCCUAAUAUCCCACAGAAGUCCAAAGGAGAGACCAAAAACAAUAACUUGACAACGAAAUCAAACAAAAGAAGUAAAAGGAUCGCCAAGUCGAAAAGUAAGACCGACGCGACGACGGACGAUUUGAUCGAUGAUAUUGCAAGUAAAACUACCUCAAGUGAGAAUAACGAGAAAAUCGUUCAAAAGACCAAGUCGGUGAAACAGAAAAAUGGAUCCGCGACGAAAACAAAGCAACAGAUCCUGCAAGAAAAUUCGUGUGGAGGCGAAGUCGAUCACGCAGAGGGAAACUACGAAAAUAAUCGUCUCGAUACUUGCGCACCUUGUCCAUCCAAAAAUGGACAAGAUGCGCAAAAGUUGAGUACGUUAUGUCAGAGUGAUGACGACAUCCUAACGCGCUUACCGGCCGUAAGGAUAUCGGGCACACUCUCAAAUCCGCCGAGUCCUUCUGCGUCGUCGACGUCGACUGUACACAGUGCAAGGUCUAAGCCAGACGACGCAAGGAGUAAAACAAAAGGCAAGCCGUCGAAAAAUAAGCCACUGCGCACACGAAACAUCAAGAAUUCGGAUCGUACCGAUAAUAAGUCACCGUUACCAUCGCAUGAUAUUUACUCAUCAAGUGUUGCUCUUGAAACCAUGAGGCUUGAUACAGUGUCCAAACUUGCGAAUGACUCUGAUUCGGACAGCGCAACUAGUUACAGACGAUUUAAGCAGAUGGCCGAUAGAAUGUUGAGCAAAGAGCGAGAUGAUUCGAAGGAACAAAGUAAAGGAAACAAUGCGGUGCAAAAGUCAAGCAAAUCUACAUCUAAUAAGAAGAAAAACGCGCGUUCUUCACCCAGCGUUUCCAAGGAUCCGAAGCAAGGUUCGGACUUGGAAGAAUCGAAGAAUCCUGUGCGAACUAAUUUAAGAGCAACGCGCAGCUCAAAUAAACAGGACAACAUGACGAAAGAAGCUUGCACGAAAGACGCAAUUGGCAAAUCUACGAAGCCAGAAAGGAAAUCUGCUGCAGUUAAUCGGAAGAGAGGUCUUAAUACAGAAGAAAACACAGAACAGACCGAUUCGAAGAAAUAUAAAAUGGAUGAAGUUAUCGGAAAAACAGCUAAGAUUGUGUCAAAAGAGACUCGAGAAAUCUCGAAUACGAAAACAGAAAACGUCGAUACCGCGAAGUCAAGCGUUACACGAGGCAGACGUAAAGUGACUGAUAGCCAGGCCGCGACACGCAUUGAGAAUACCAGUAAAAAUAAACAAAUACAAGCGAAGGAGAGACAAACAUUGGCGUCUCAGGUAGUAGAAAAAACACUGAAGAUUAUACUUGAUCCUAUCAUAGACGAAGAGUCGCGAGAGGUGGAGAUGAUUAUGAGGAACGUCCCAAGCAAUACGCGAGAUGAAAAUUCAUCAGUCAGGGAGGGAAACAACGUCAGGACAUUCCAAAGGGGAUCCUCAUCAAGAAGCACCAGAAGCAGCAAACGAGCCAACACGAAUGUCACAACUGAUUCCUCCUCGAUUGAAAAUAGCACGUCGUCCGAAACGAGUGAUCUUGAGAGCGUGCAAUCCGGCAGCAUCGCGCCGACGAGAAAUAAACGCGGAAGAUUCGUUAAAAAGUCUGUCCCUCCGCCGCAAGAAACGCGUGUCCCAGAGAAGGAAGUAUUUAAGAUUCCCACUCGUAUCAACCGAUAUUCUGCAAUUUAUACUGAUAAUAGCGCCACAGAAAAUUCAAUGAGUGAUGAUAGUCGAAGCAGCAUACAGAGUGACGGUUCCUUAAAUAUUAGACUCUCAAGGUCAAAGACAGCGGGCACUAAAAGUACAUGGAAGAUCGAGAUGAAUGAAAGUUCAAGUAAGAAAAGAAUGGUGGCGAACACCAGUAUUUCCUCAGAGAUAAACACCAGCGUAGAUUCCACUCUUCGCGUUUCCACGCCUACCAGAGCGCGCAGAAGUACGUCAUCGAUGAGCAUUUCUUCACCAUCCAUAGGAAGACAUAGAAUUUUAUUCACGGGUAUAACAGAGGACACGUAUGAUAAUGUUAUUAAAACGCUAGGCGGAACCAGAGUGGAAACUCCGAAGUUAUGCACCGUCUUGGUCACCGAUAAAGUUCGCAGAACGUACAAAUUCCUGUGCGCUUUGGCGAAGGGUAUACCCAUAGUAUCAAUAAAUUGGCUAAGUGAUAGUGAAUCGGCGGCGCAAUUUUUAGAUUGGGAGGGUUACAUACUGAAGGAUCGAGUCGCCGAAGCCAAGUUUGGAUUCAGAUUGAGGAAGAGUCUCGAUAAAGCUAAGGAGAAAGGAUUACUGGUUGGUUACACGAUUGUGUUAACGCCGAACAUUGAGCAACCACCUACAAAGGAAUUAAAAGACAUGAUAACGUCUUGUGGGGGGAAGGCUCUAUUGUCUCCACCCACCACAUGGCCGGAAAAAGCGGUAAUAAUAUCCCGCGCAGAAGAUUUGCCAAAUGCGAAAAAGUACCUUGCGAAAGCACCCAAAACUGUCACUGUACAUACUACAGAAUUCAUCUUGAUAAGUAUCUUGAGACAGGAAGUGAACUUUGAUAAGCACAGAUUGAUAUAA